AUGCCUCAUCCAUCAACCGUCCCGCCACCACCCCCGGCUUUUUCCCUGCUAGGCCAAGCCGAACAAGACUGGGAGAAAGUUCGCGACCAAGUCGCCAGGGCCUGCAAUGUGGACCAAGAUGCCAUCUCCGAUGUCUACCCAUGCACCCCGCUGCAGGAGGGAUUGAUGUCACUGGCCUCCAAAGACAAGGGAGAUUACAUCAUGGAGGGAACAAUGGAACUCGCCACGGACGUAUGUAUGGACAGGUUUCGCGCGGCGUGGGAGGCCAUGGCGAAGGGACUCGAGGUGCUCCGGACGAGGAUUGUUUAUCAUGGCAAGUUGGGGUUUUUACAGGCUGUCGUCAAGGAAAAGAUAAAAUGGAUCACCAAAGAAACCAUGGACGGCUAUCAAAGGGCGGUCGAGGACGUCACCAUGGACUUUGGACAGCUACUUGUUCUGUACGCACUGUUCGGCAGCGCCAGCAGUAGCAGUAACAGCAGCAGCAGCACUGAACGACGCCGGUUCACAUGGACGGUCCACCAUGCCGUCUGGGACGGAUACUUUCUGCAGCGGAUAACGGAGUCCCUCAUUUCCGUGUACAGAAAUGGUGCGGCCCCUUUCAAAGGCCAAAGCUACAGCAUCUUCAUCAAGAGCCUCAUGGACCAGGAUCGACAACAGGGAGGAAGUCAAUGGGCCUCAUAUUUCGAUGGGUACAACUCGGUUGGGCUCCCACAAAAGAGUCAAACAUGUCCAGUAGCACAAAACACGCGACAAGCAGGAAAACCAUUCGCCGUCCAUCGCCUUUUCUACCCUCUCAAGACGAACCGCACCAAAAAGAAAAGGCCAAUUACGGUUUUGAUCAACGCGGCGUUUGCCCUUGCCGUGAGCGACCUGACCAACACCACGGACGUCGUGUUCGGAACGGUCGACGCCGGCAGGAAGAGGGGAACCGUGGCUUGGCACGACAUGGGCGGACCGACGAUGGACUCUGUCCCCGUGCGCAUCAGCGUCCAACACGACAAAAAGGUGAGCGAGUUCUUGGACGCCAUCCAGCAGGAGCAUAAACAAAAGUGUCUAUUCGGGCAGAUCGGUCUGCAGGAGAUCAAAAGGAUCAACAGCACGACGCAAAAGGCGUGCGACUUUGGCACGCUGUUGGUGGUGCAGGGCCGCGAAAACUACUUGGUAGGGCACGAAAGCACCGGAGAGUGGGUGAAGGGCACCACGGAAUGCAUGCCGAGAACCUACCGGCUGAACCUGGAGGCCUUUUUGAAGGAGGACCACAUCAAACUGGUAGCCAACACAAACGACGGCGUGAUGAAGGAAGAAGAGGCGAGCCGGCUGCUGAAAUUGCUCAGUAGUGCGAUGCACCAGCUCCUCGCGGCGGAGGCCGCCGACGGCGACGAAAACACACAAAAAACACUAGCAGCGAUGGAUCUCUUGACAGACACGGACCGCAGGCGGCUGUGGGAAUGGAAUUCGAAGGUGUCGGCGGCGGUCGACCGGUGCAUCCACGACCUGAUCAAGGACCAGACCAAAGCAAGGCCCGAGGGCACGACCGCCGUGAGCGCUUGGGACGGUGAAUUUAGCUACGGCGAGCUGGAGCGGUCGACCAACCGACUGGCAUUGCACCUUAUGCGGUUGGGCGUGCCGAAGGAAUCUUUGGUGCCGCUCUGCUUUGACAGAGCACGCUGGGCGGUGGUGGCAAUGAUUGCCGUCCUCAGGGCCGGCGGUGCCUUUGUUCCCCUCGAUCCGGCCCAGGCCGCCGAUCGCAGGGAGGACAUGAUUCGGCAGAUUGGUGCCCGCGUUGUUUUGGUGUCCGAGGGGGCCGUGGCUGCUGCUGCUGCUGCUGCUGCUGCUGCUGCUGCUGGCGCCGAUGGUGGCAACCAACACCUGGACCGCAUCAUCGUCGCCGUUGGGCCAGCUGUAAUGUCCAGCCUGGCAGGGGAGACGACGGGCAAGCCCCUGCAGCUACCAACAAUCAGUCCAUCAUCGGCCGCCUAUGUGAUCUUCACCUCGGGAAGUACGGGAAAGCCCAAGGGCGUGGUGGUGCAUCAUCGGGCCGCCAGCACUAGUUGUUGGUACCACGGAGCUACCUUGGGCUUUUGUCUCAAGUCUCGCGUUUUGCAGUUUGCGUCAUACGCCUUCGACGCCUCCAUUAUGGAAAUAUUUACAACUUUGAUAGCUGGUGGUUGCGUCUGCAUCCUCCCGGACAAGAAUAAACUCGGAGAUGUCGAUGCGGCUAUUAAUGAUACAGGGGCCAAUUUGGCGUUUUGA